UUUUGGCACCAGCGACUCGCCGUUGCCCAGGCUGCAGCGUUCACUAGUUGAGGUGAUGGCGACUGGGACACCAGAUUCGCAAGCGCGAUUCGGUCAGUCUGUGAAGGGGCUCCUUACAGAGAAGGUGAACACCUGUGGUACGGACGUGAUCGCGCUCACCAAGCAGGUGCUGAAAGGCUCCCGGAGCUCCGAGCUGCUAGGUCAGGCAGCUCGAAACAUGGUCCUGCAGGAAGAUGCCAUCUUGCACUCAGAAGAUAGUUUAAGGAAAAUGGCGAUAAUAACAACACACCUUCAAUACCAGCAAGAAGCUAUUCAGAAGAAUGUUGAACAGUCUUCUGAUCUACAGGACCAGUUGAAUCAUCUGUUGAAAUAGAGCAGCUUGUAAGAGGGAAAAGCACUUCUUUGCCUGACACUGAGAAGGAAAUAUUUUAUUCAGCUACUGUCCUAUGGGUUUGAUUUUCCAUUUUCUUCUCCAAAAGUUAAGUUAGAAAAGAUUUAUGAUGGUGUGCAGUUUCUCCUGAAGAGAAGCUAGGUGGUUGAAUUUUGGAAGUACUUCUCGAAGCAGACUAACCCAUGCUCUUAGUGAAUUUUUAAAUGCUCUGUUUAGUUUGAUGUAAAAGCAAAAUUAAAGAGGUCUUAGUUUUUUCCAUAGAACUUUUAUAUAUGUCAAGAGCUAUAUCAUCUAACUGUGAUUCUUAAGCAAAUGCUGAAUAAUGUUUUAAAUUCAGAAAUACGGCUUCUAUUGUGAAAACAGGAAUGAUUAAUAUUCUUUUUAAAGACUUUUUUUCUUUUAAUCAUACAUUCAGGAAAUUUCAUGGUCACAGAAUGGUGAUAGGUAAUAUCUGUUCUUUUCUAUUAACUCAGAGGAGAUAUUUAUUUUAUUCAUUGUAGCAAAUUCCUAAAUGAAAAUUAGGCAAAUGGUAUCAUAUCUGGCCUGCUGCAACCUCCUGCCUUGACCUGCAUUCCUAGUUUCUUUGUUGUGACUCUUGAUUAGUUGGCCUUGGGUUCAUUUUGUAAUUUUGCUAGUCAUCAGCAGAUUCACUUGUAGAACAUUAUUGCCAAAUGCAAAGGCAGUUGAAUUACCAGGAAUGAUUGCAGUGUAGGGUUGUGCCAUGGUGAAAACCUUAUGUUUUCAGUUAUUUGCCCAUGUUCAUUUAAUUUAUCUUGCUAAAAGACAUUACCUUUGAAUGUUUUUGUUUGAAUUUUAAAUGGGACUCCAUUGUGUUCUAGGUCAUUUCUUAUCACUAAAGAAUUAGGAGAAAGCUGACAUAAGAAAAUGGUGUUUUCAGUGAAAGAAAAAAGCAAAUAAGAGUCCAAUUUAAUUCAUAUUGUAUAUCAUCAAGUCGACUAAUCAUAUUAGAUUGUAUUGUAGAUAAAUACAACCUAAUUAUGCCUAUACACAUUAACUUAAGGUAAAAGAAAAAACUAGGUAUGAAGGAAUUCAGUUAUGCAUUCCUUUUAUAAACUCUCAUUACACUUAUUAAAUGUAAAUGGGCUCAAUUCACCUUCAAAAAGAAGGGUCUGGAAACUUCUGGAACUGUAGUGGACCAAUAUUGACAGCAAAUGUUAGCAAAUUGACAGCACAUGUUAGCAAUUGACAGCAAAUGUUAGCAAACAUUACUAUCACUGUUGCUGUUCAGCAUUUUGCUGGAGGCCAUGUCUAGUGCAGAAGUUAAAAAUAAGUAUAGCUAAUGGGGCGCCUGGGUGGCUCAGUCAGUUAAGCAUCUGCCUUGGCGCUGGUCACAAUCCCAGGGUCCUGGGAUCGAGCCCCGUGUCAGGCUCCCUGCUCAGUGGGGAAGCCUGCUUCUCCCUUUCCGCCUGUCUGUGGCUCACCCUGCUUGUGCUCUCUUUCUGUCAAAUGAAUAAAUAAAUAAAAUCUUAAAAAAAAAUAAGUAUAGCUAUUAGCAACAAAGAGACAAAAUUAUUAUCAUAUUGUAGGAUUAUCUGCUUAGAAAAUCCAAGGACUGAUUUUUUUAAAAGGGUCAUCAAUUUAGAAAACAAAAAGUUCAAUCAUCCAAGUAUACAAGAUGCAAAGAAAUACCUAACAUGACAUUUGUAAAAAAAUUAAAAAUUAAAAUAAAGGUAUUGUCUAAGUUUUCCUCAUCAUGCUGGAACAAAUAUUAAAGUAGCAGUGAUUGCUUACGUUAUAACUGAUAAAUUUCACCACAAAAUUUUAAUGGUAAAUAUAAAAUUUACAUUAAAUAAUGAAAACCUAGUAGUACUAAAUUUAGUCAUUUUAAAGAAUAGAAUGCCAAAAAACAUGGAAGAAAAAUAGUCAGAAAUGCAUGAAUAGUCAGAAAUGUAUACAUAAUUUGAUACUAUAUCUCUUGUAGAAAUAAAUGGGCUAGAUAGAAUUAAAUGGUGAUCAAACAUGGAAAUAAAAAAUACUUCUUUAAAUAACAUCUGGGUUGUAGAGAAUAUGUUGAAGGAUAAUAUUUUUAAAAUAGUGAAAAUUCAAAUUCUGUGCAAGAAAAUUUAUGUGAUAAUACAGCAAUAUUUUAAAGCAGUACUAUAAAGAAAAAAAAUCGUGCUUUAAAUCUCUAUAGGGAAAAGGGUGUUUUCUUUUUUUAAGGGGUUUGUGGUUAGAACUUAGGGAAGAAAUCAAAAUAGAAUAAGAAAGCCAAGCAUGAGUGAUAAAAAUUUGAAAAAAUAUGUGAUAUCAUUAAUUGGUUCUUACAGAUUAAAUUGGUAAAGUAUUGGGUCACUUGGCUGGCUCAGUUGGUGAAGCAUGUGACUCUUGAUCUUGGGGUUGUAAGUUCAAGCCCCACGUUGGGUGUGGAGAUUACUUAAAAAUAAAAUCUUAAAAAAGAAGUUAAAUUGGUAAAGUGUCAGCUCAAUCUAAAAGUACAGAUUAGUAAAUUUAUAAUUGAAAUGGAGAUAAUAAAUCACUUAGAUUUUAAAAGCAUGAUCUGUCAGCUUAAUUCUAAAAAUUUAAUUACAAGUAUCAAAAUGUCCGCCUCCUUUGAAGAUAUAAUAUCACAAAACUGAUAUUUAAAAGACAAUAUGUCCAGGGGGACCUGGCUGGCUCAGUCGGAAGAGCAUGCGACUCUUGAUCUUGGGGUUGUGAGUUUGAGCCCCAUGUUGGGCCUAGAGCUUACUUAAAAAUUAAAAAAAAAAGUCAUUUGCCUGUGAUAGCUUUCCUGAGAAUUUUCUAAACUGUCAGAGAACUUCCAUAUACUCCCAAAGUAUAGAAAACAGUGGUAAGAUACCCAGUUCAUUUGCUGAAGUAAAUAUGACUUUCAUUUUUAUUUUUAUUUAUUUAAAGAUUUUAUUUUUAAGUAAUCACUACACCCAACAUGGGGCUUAAACUUACAACCCCGAGGU